UAUAUAUUUUAUUUAUUACUUAUGUAUUCAGAUAAUGACAGUUUUCAUUCUGCCAAUGAAUCCUUGGAUGGUGAUGAUAGUUUUUGUUCUUUAACCGAUACGCUUGGGGAUACUCUGAGAACACAGUUUAAUCAAUCGGACAAGCUGUUUAACGUGUGUCAUAUAAAUGCUCAAAGUGUUGCUAGUCACUACAGUGAGCUCUUUGAGACUUUUUCUAAUAUGAAUGUGCAUGCCAUUCUGAUUUCCGAGAGUUGGCUCAAACCAAAUCUCUUGUCCACCUCAUACCCCCUUCCUGGUUAUGUUCUCAUUCGGAAUGAUCGGCUUGGUAGAAGAGGGGGUGGCGUGGCAAUAUACCUUCGAUCUGACUUUUCUUACAAAGCCCUGGCUGCCUCUCCUAGUCAUCAGGCUUGUGCGGAAUACCUCUUUCUGGAGGUUUCUGUUAAAGGAGCUAAAGCCGUCGUUGGUGUUGUUUAUUGCCCCCCUUCUGUCGACUACUUCACUGAUUUUGAAUCGGUUUUAGAAUCGAUAGGUUCAGAGUAUGCACAUUAUAUCAUCAUGGGCGAUUUCAAUACAAAUCUCCUUGCUCCUAAUUCUCCUCGAUCCCGUAAACUCCUUCAUCUUGUGGAAUCAUCUAGUUUACACAUUUUGCCCUUGCAGGCAACUCACCGAUCUACAGUAGGUGAUGAUUCCUGGCUGGAUUUAAUCCUUACUUCCGACCUUUCCCUUGUUUCCUCUCAUGGUCAAUUUAUUGCUCCUGGUUUUUCUCAUCACGACCUAAUUUUCCUCUCCUACAUCCUUAAACCUCCUAAGUCCAAGCCUAAGGUUCUGCAUAGGCGUUGCUUUGCACGUAUGAACGUAGAUCAGCUUCUCAAUGAUGCUGCUGAAAUUGACUGGACUCCAUUGAUAGAAGCUGACUCAGUUAAUGAUAAGCUUGAAAUUUUUAACAACCGGGUGAACGUUUUGUAUGAUCUCCAUGCACCCGUUAAGAGAGUUAGAGUAAAACGUCCACCAGCACCGUGGAUGACCGAGCUUAUUAAGAUAGCAAUGCGUAGGAGGGAUCGUGCGUUCAGGAAGUUUAAGAGGGACCGUACGGACGAAAAUUGGGCUCAAUUUAAAACUGCAAGGAAUCGGUGUAAUCUUAUGAUACGUAACGCCAAACGCCGCCAUAUACUAAACAAUAUCUCUACUUCUUCUUCUGCUAAUAUCUGGAAGUUCCUCGGAACCCUCGUAUUCAUAAAUUUACUUACUCCUGAGCUUCAGUGUUCGUAUCACCUCUAUGCCGAUGACUUGCAGUUAUAUCGACAUACGACAGUUGAUGAUUUGGUUGACACGCUCGAUAAGGUUAACGCAGACUUGGCGGUUGUGAAAAAUUGGGCGGACAGGUUUGGAGUGGCAGUCAACCCUGGGAAAUGCCAAGCCAUCAUUAUUGGUGGCUCGAGGAAUAUUAUCAGGGUGGAUACUUCCAGCUUGCCGCCAGUAAUAUUCAAUGGUAUGACAGUACCUUAUAGUGGCAACGUCAAGAACCUUGGCUUACAAAUGGACACCACACUGAAUUGGCAACCACAAGUCGCAGCUGUCAGCCAAAAAGUCACUAACAUACUACGGUUCCUCUACCGCCUGAAAAUUUGCUCCCGCCCAGUGUGA